CAAAAUUGUUAUUAAAAUCCAGUUACAAAAAGGCUAGCAAGACGAAAUAGCUCGAAAGUUAACGAAAUAAUUUUUGUCCUGAAAAUAAAAUAUUGAACCCCUUCUACAAGAACUCCGUCUUGACUAUCUGAGACUGGACCCACCAUGGGCAGCUACAGUGACUCCACCAGUGACCUGGACGAGGAUCUCCCUGUGUAUGACUUCCUCCAGCCCGGCCGUAGCUUGAGCCAAGCCUCCCAGAGCCACACAGACCAACCAGACCUGGUGGUCCUGGACAGCUCUCAUACAGACCUCCCCAUAGGGUUGGCUGAUGUUAUGAUGAUCAGUAGUGAUGAGGAAGAGGACGUUCCCUAUAUCCCCCUGGCGCUGAGACUCAAACAGAGACAGGAGGGUUUGGAGCCUACAUCCUCCACUCUCAGUAAUGGACAGGACAACCAUCACUCCUCACCUGACCCUCCUGGUGGUUUAGGUCUGUUGGCACCGAAUGGUCACUCAGAGUCCGAACCUAUUUUCACCUCAUACGAGAUCCUAAACAGUCAUCGUAGGAAGGAGAAAUGUGGAGGACCAGACUGGGAUGACCCAGAGGAGGCAGCUCUCCCUCAGCUGUGGCCCCCACCAAAGCCAUCCUCCUGGGCUAGGAGCACCACCUCCCCUGCCAAGAGGAAGCCCUCCAAGAGGACUGGUGAGGAGAUCCAGGGGUCCAGGGAGGAGCUGAGGAGGGAGGCCAGGGAGAGGCAACAGGGGGACAAGGAGGCGCGGAUGCUGCAGCAGGAGAAGCAGAAGGCGGAGAAGGCGGCCCUGGCAGAGGCUGUGAAAGCACUGCGACCAGAGGAGUGCAUCAAACACAUGGUGGUGUCUGUGGAUCCAGCUCUGUUGCAGUUGGAAGGUGGGGGCCCUUUGCUGACGUCACUCCAGGCCAUGGGCUGCAGCUGUGCCAUAGAGAAACAGCCCCUCCCUCGCAGCGUCAACUGGGUCAGGAGAACACCUAGCACUCAGACAGGUGAGGUGUUGUGUAUCCCGGAGGCCCACACAGUGAUGCAAGUACCUGUUGAUGACUUCAUCAACCUGAUCCACAGCUACACUCAGGCCGUGGUACACCUGCAGCUACACACGGGGGUUCAGGUGCAUUUCCUGUCCACCUGGAAGGAGUUCUCUGACCACAUCGCCAUGGCAACCAAAGCAGUAGCUGAGGCCCCAUUCAAACGAGAGAGGGAGAAGACAGGCUUCUCGUUCUACCUAGAGAGUGAGUGGGCUGGAGGCCAGAAAGUGGACAGGGCUGGGAAAGGACUGCUGCAGGUCUGGAAGAGACAGAUCCAGCAGCUGAACAGAGUCAGCCAAGAUAUGGCCUCUGCCAUCCUCGCUGCCUACCCCUCUCCACAGCUACUCAACCAGGCGUACAGUCGGUGCAAGUCAGAGCGUGAGAAACUGUCACUGCUAUCGGACCUCCUGAUUCGCAGAGGGGAGGGCGUGACUUCCACAACUCGCCGGGUUGGUCCUGAGCUCUCCAAACGUCUCUGCCUGGUGAUGACAUCAUCAGACCCCCAGCAGACCCUGGACUCCACGCUUUGACCCUUUUAUGAUGUCAUGCAUCUGACCAGUGACCUCAGUAGUGGAAGAGUGGAGUUAGACUGAUGUUUUAAAUCUGUGUUCUUCAUCACUGGUCUUCAGCCCUGCCUCUGGGGACCUAUAUGAUGUGUAGGCUUUUGCUCCAGCUCAGCACUAACACACUUCAUUCAACUAAUCAAGGACUUUGUGAUUGGCUGAUCCAUUGAGUCAGACAUGUUAGUUCGGGGCUGGAACACAUAUGUGGGUCCUCAGGAACAGGUUUGAAAUACACUCCGUGAACUAUGGGAGCACAGUGACAUUUGGAUUUCAAUGUUGAUUUGGAUAGUGUCUUGUUUUAUGACAUCCACCUUGGUUUGUAAUAUACAUACAUUUUAUUUUAUUAAAGCGUCUAAUACAAUCAUGGGAUUUUGACCAAAAUAGAUAGUCAAUAGACACCACCUACAUUACAUAGCAUACAGGUGGGUUAGAGAAACCUGUAUGUUAAGUAAGACUAGUGAGUUGUCUCUAAUGCUCUUUUUUUGCUGUUUCUAAACUUUUCCCUAUCUUUGGAUUAGGUACAUUCACAAGUUUAGACAAGAGCACCACAAUAACUCUAAAUCCAACCAGAGUUUCUAAAAAAGGGUUUUUGUGGUUUAUUUCCAAAUGACAACAAUGAACAGGGGAAAUAUCAGGGGAAAAGAAAAUGUUCCUUGUCUUGUACUUGCAUAAAUAUUAAUUAACAGUACAUAGUUUAUUAGUGACUCCAGUGUGGAAAGUUAUGUGAGUAUUUAUCUGGUUGAAUAGAGUUGAAAAUAUCUCAUCUUGCAGUUGCCACAAUUCACAGAAGAUUGUGACUGAAUACUCAGGUCAGGUGUUCCUCCAGGACACAGGAGGCUACUCUAGUUUCAAGUAUGUACAGGAUACACAUGGUGUAUAUACUCUCCAAUUAAAUUCUUACUUGCAGGUUCCUUCUUGACAAUGCAAAAACUAAGAAUAAUAAAAGAUAAGGAUACAAA